AUGGGGGCACUCGCUGAGCUCCUGGCCGCCCUCCUGGACACAGCCUCAGGCUACUCUGUCAGCAUCAAUGCACGUGCCGAGGAGUGCUUCUUCGAGCGGGUCACCUUGGGCACCAAGAUGGGCCUCAUCUUCGAGGUGGCUGAGGGCAGCUUCCUGGACAUCGAUGUGGAGAUUACAGGGCCUAAUAAUAAAUGAAUUUAUAAAGGAGACUAGGAGUCCAGUGGGAAAUACACAUUUGCUGCUCACAUGGAUGGAACAUAUAAGUUUUGUUUUAGCAAUAGAAUGUCCAACAUGACUCCAAAGAUAGUGAUGUUCACCGUUGAUACUGGGAAGGCCCCAGAAGGACAAGACAUGGAAACGGAAGCUCACCAGAACAAGCUAGAAGAAAUGAUUAAUGAGCUCACAGUGGCAAUGACAGCUGUAAAGCAUGAACAGGAAUACAUGGAAGUUCGGGAGAGAAUACACAGGGCAGUCAAUGACAGCACAAACAGCAGAGCGGUCCUUUGGUCCUUCUUUGAAGCUCUUGUUCUAGUUGCCAUGACAUUGGGAUGGAUCUACUACCUGAAGAGAUUUUUUGUAGUCCAGAGGGUUGUUUAA